AUGUCUGAUUACUUCAGUUUGGGGCAAGGUGGUACCCAGUCGGAGACUGACCUCAGUAAAGGAGCAGAAGAGCAGUAUGCGAGGUCCGCUUAUUCACCGGAUGACGAUUCUGGAUCUGUUCAUUCCAAUGAUUCGUAUCUGAUGUAUAUGGCUCAUGGUCCACAGAGUGUGAUGAGCCCCGGAGUGGUCAGUAACUACAGUGGGAUUAGUUCUGCUGCCUUGACACCUCCAAAGGGUACUAAAGAUCAUAUAUUGCCUAAACAGGAUCCCAAAUCACCUUAUUAUGUGAAUGUACCAGUACCAAAGGCUUUACCAUUGGAGAGUGCAGAGACCGCAGACGGUGAAGGAUCUGAGGGGCAGUAUGUUAGAGAAUAUCCCACUGAUAUUCUUGUGGAUCGGUUUUAUAAAUGGAGAAAGAUCUUAAAGGGGUUGAUUGCAUAUCUGAGAGAAGUAGCAUAUGCUCAGGAACAAUUUGGUAGGAUUAAUUUCCAGUUGAAAAGUGCAGUUAAGUUUCCUUUCUUGACAGAUCUUGAAGAUGGAUCAAAUAAUCUGAUCGAUCCCUUGACUACAAGAGGGCCUAUAAAGAAGCAACAACCAUUGACUAUGGCACAAAAAAAGCAGCAGGAGCUCGCGCAAAUGCCUUCUGCUAAGGCCGAUUACAGUGAAUCUACGCUGAACUUGCCGGAAAAUAGUUUUCAAGCAGUGAAGAGAGCCGACUCUGAUGACACUUCUGCGCCUUCGGGGUUCAUGAAGUUUGGCUCCGGAUCAGUGCAAGAUACCCAGGUUAUUUUGAAAAAAUAUCACCUUUCCCUGGCUAAUCAGCAGUUCAAGAUCUCUAAGGAGAUUACUUCAACUAUCGUGCCAAAGAUGGAAGAUCUGCGCAAGGACUUGCAGGCAAAGAUCAAAGAGAUUAAGGAGUUGCAUGGAGAUUUCAAGACCAAUAUCAGUGAACACGUUGCCAUCACAGGUCAACUGUUGAACAAAUACAUUGCAUCGGUCAAAUUUGUGACAAAUAACUGCUCAUCGGAAGGAUCAGAACACAUCAAAUUGCAUAGAAAAAAUAACCAGCUUAAACCAAAACAUGAUCCUUAUCUACUGAAAUUGCAAUUAGAUCUACAGUUGAAACGUCAAUUGCUCGAGGAAAAUUAUUUGCAGGAGGCUUAUAUCAAUCUUCAAACGUCCGGUAUGGAAUUGGAAAAGAUCGUUUACUCCAAGAUUCAGCACGCACUGCAUAAGUAUUGUCUUCUGAUCGAUUCGGAGGCUCGUCUUAUGAUCAAAAACCUUUGCAGGGAAUUGCAGCAAGGUAUGCUUUCAAAACCUCCUGCUUUGGAAUGGGAUCAUUUCGUUUCUCAUCAUCCCGCAUGUUUGCUUGAUUGGAAGUCUAACGAUCCUAUCCCGCCUGCUAGAAAGCUAUCAGAAAUUAUUUACCCACAGAUGAAGUCGACUCUAGCCAAAUGUAUCAGAGCUGGAUAUUUGAGCAAAAAAUCCAAAUAUCUUAAAAACUACAACAAGGGCUACUUUGUGCUCACUUCCAAUUAUUUGCAUGAGUUCAAGAGCAGCAAUUUCUUCAAAAUGACAAACUCUACAGAGGAAAGUAAAGAUCAUCAAAGCGUUUCAACCGCCUCCCAAAACAACGCAAAAAGUUCCUUAUUACCUGUCAUGAGUAUAUCUCUAAAUGAUUGUGUUCUCAUGGAGGCUUCCGAUACCAAGUUUGUCCUGGUCGGUAAACCAACCUUUAACGAUGUGGACCUGAAAAAACUAGGUACUUCUGCCAAGAGUAACUUAGGGAACCUUACAAGUGCGACCUCCUCACCCUCAUUGUACCAGUCAGCUCAUGAUGCACCAAAGAAACUAACAAAGUCUACGUUUGGCAAACUAUUGAAAGGAGGUAAACCAAAGGCGCCUAAACCCAGUCGUGAAGAGAAAGAAGAAGUUAAACAGUUCUACGCAGCAGUACAGCAGGAAAGUAACAAGACAGUAAACUGGGUUUUCAAACCAGCAUCAGCAGACCCCACUGAAGAAGAAAUUAAACAGUUUAAGAAAUGGGCUCAUGAUCUCAAAAACUUGACCUCUUUUAACAAUACAGAAGAUAGAGCAAGAUUUAUCGAAGAACGCGUUUUGAAGACACAGGCCCGUUCUAAAAGCCAACUUCCUAAACCCAGUGCUAGUAGUUCUAAUGUUUCGACUUUGGUGGAUGGUUCGAACGUUGAUGGUACUUCUUUCAGGAAGGAGAGACCAGGACGGCCUAGAUUCAUUCAGUUGCAAGAUCCAUCCGGGUCUUCGCCUUCCUUAGAUCAGCUCAGAUCGAGAGUUAACACACCAGCGGUGGAUGACAAUGGUAACUUGAUAACUGUCGCAGAGCGCAGAAGCCGACCACAAUCACUCUAUGUCACAUCCCCACUAGCGUCCCCAAGAAUGUCACCGGAUUCUGCAAGUUCAAGUUCUGUUAGCUCCCUACAUCACCAGCUUUACCAGCAGCAGCAACAACAGCAGCAACAGCAACAACAGCAACAACAGCAACAACAGCAACAACAGCAACAAUACAAUCAACAAUACAAUCAACAAUACAAUCAACAAUACAAUCAGCAGUACAAUCAACCUCCUCACUCCCCUGGUCAAUCCAUAACAAGCGAUGGCAUCACCAACACAGCACAAGUUACAAGCGGAGUGCCCGUGGGCAGUACGCCUCGCCAUCAGAGGAAAUCUUCGUCAACGAAUUCUCUACCUGGUAUAAAUGCACCUCCGUUAUCCGCAUUAAAUUCUCCCAAGAGUGUGCAUUCUGAAGGCAGCGCUGGUGGAUACUUUGCCAUCCCUGUUGGCAAUGGUAGUGAAGGUUCUCGUGGGUCAACGCCGCUCUACGUCGAUGACAAGAUGCAACAGAACAGUUUAUCUCGAACGUCUAGCCGAGGCCCUGGUUUGGGCAUGAGGGCAACAUCAGGUGGCUAUUCCCCUCAAUCUCUUAACCUCAUGUCACAGCAAGUAUCACCAGUGCCUAAGCUUCGUCUGAAUGACCAGGACGUUCAUCAUAACGAAGAGAUGCAACCACAUCAAAGCGAUACAGCUCUAGCAAACGGCAAGGUAAGAAGAAGUAUCCCUGGCGAAUUGCAGUCUGCCAAGAGCGACUCUACAUUGAACUCAGGCUCUCCAUCUCUCUACAUGAGAAGCAACAACAGUGCCAGCAGUCUUAAUGCCAAUAACUCAAGAACCCAUCCCAUCAGAAAACACAAGAAGAAUGUGUCUUUCAGCUCAUUGAACAGUUUGAUGUUCUCUAAGAAGGGAUCAAAUCCAGGGGGUAGCCAUAUAACAGAUCAGUUCAUGAGCGGUGGCAUACAAGAGGAUGAUGGUGAUUCAGAGAAUAAAUCACAAUCUAUCAAAUUAAACCAGUCGAUCUAUUCUUGA